AGGACAUCGCCACCGACCUGAACCUGACGCCCUGCAGCCUCAACCCGGAGCGCCUGGACGACAACGCGGGGCUGCCCUUCAGCGCGCGCAUCCUCAAGGCCGUGUCGGGCGCCACACAGAACCAGCUCAUGGUUCACAAGGGCUUCCUGGACGCCUACGACAGCGUGCGCCGCACCUGCUUCCGACUGCUGGACGACAUCACGGGCUCUGGCGAGAAGGCGGGCGGCCGGCCGUGGCGUGUGCUGGUGACGGGGCACAGCCUGGGCGGCGCCCUGGCCACACUGGCCGCAUACGAGCUGGCGGAGAGGAGGACUCCCGCCCGCUCCAUCCAGCGCAUCAGCCUCUACUCCUACGGCGCGCCCCGUGUGGGCAACAAGGCCUUUGCGGAGGUGUUUGACCGCCUGGUGCCCGACACCUGGCGCAUCACCAACGCCAACGACAUCGUGCCCAGCGUGCCGCGCCUGAUGGGCUACUGCCACGUGGGCCAUGCGGUGCGGCUGGGCGCGGACGGCGUGCUGCGCGUGGGGCGCAGCACGGCGGAGGGCGUGAGCACGGACGUGUUCGGCGAGGGCAAGGCGGGCAUGGAGGUCAUCCAGGACAUCGUCAGCCAGGUGCAGGACCAGUCCCGGCCCUGGGACGAGGUGUACGAGGAGAUCAAGGAGCGCGAGAUGCAGCUGCUGAACGCCCUGGUGGGGGGGCAGGGUCUGGAGGAGCACAUGGAGACCUUCUACCUUGCCUCGCUGCAACAGGCCGUGCAGGCGGCGGCGGCGGCAGGAGGGGCAGGAGGGGCGGGGCAGCAGGGCGCGGUGAAGAAGUAGAGGCGGUGACCGGGUACGGAGUGUGGCGGGUGUGGGACGGGUGCGGCAGGUGUGGUUGUGGCGGUGAAGAGUGGAGUGGCAGGCGGAGCGAGGUGCGGACUGGGCAGGGAGGGUGGAGGUGGCGGGUAGGGAUGCGAGUGUGGCAUGUAGGUCCGUGGGCUUGGCGUGUCGUGCGUGUCGUGCAUGUACAGGCGACUUGCGCGCUCUCUUGGCAGGAUGCACAUCAUAUACAUACUGUCUGCAUUUUUAUGCAUGUAUAAUGGUUAGGGGAGUGAUGGCGGCUCCUAAUAGCUGCGGGCAAAGAGAACUCGACACUGUGAGCAGUAAGGGCCGCGCCUCACCGCCGCUCGCCACCCGGGUGCCACUCCCCGCCUGAGGCUGAGUCCAAACCCUGCCCCACCUUCAUGGGGAAGUCAAGAUGGGGCGGUCAGAAUGGGGGGGGGGGGUUCAGGGUGGCGGCGGUCAGAAUGGGGCAGCCGGGAUUGGGGCGGUCAGACUGGGGCGGUCAAAGAACGGAGUGGCCAAAGAAUGGGGUGGUCAAAGGGGCAGUCAGUUUGGGGUCUGUUCGGACAGGGGUGUUCCUAGGGGCUUCACCCCGCCACCCGUUGUAAUCCGCAUCCUCG